AUGGCCAUCGCGGCCAAGAACAAUCUCCCUGUCUUCAUGGGUCUUGUCGUUCUCGCUCCUCCUCUUAUCGAGCCCGACGCCAUCCGCUGCCAAAUCGGCUGCAGAUUACUAUGUGAAGUCUUUACCUGGGGCGCCGGAAGGUCCGCUGUUGAAGAUGCAUGCAGGGGGAAAGACGCCGUGACUGAUGGAAUAAUAUCUCUACACAGACACAUUGAAGUGGACGCGGAACAUAACGGAAACCUUUUCUUCUGGCAUUACCAGAACCGUCACAUCGCAGACCGACAGCGCACCGUCAUCUGGUUGAAUGGGGGCCCGGGGUGUAGCUCUAUGGAUGGGGCGUUGAUGGAGGUUGGGCCGUACCGGCUGAAAGACGACCACACGCUGGAAUACAACGAGGGCUCGUGGGACGAGUUCGCUCAUCUGCUGUUUGUUGAUCAGCCGGUUGGAACCGGCUUCAGCUAUGUCAAUACCGACAGCUAUAUUCAUGAGCUGACAGAGAUGUCGGCCCAUUUCAUCACAUUCCUGGAGAAAUGGUUUGAAUUGUUCCCGCAAUAUGAAGACGACGAUAUCUACAUCGCCGGCGAGUCUUACGCUGGCCAACAUAUUCCGUAUAUUGCCAAGGCGAUUCAAGAGCGGAACCGGGUCAUGACUGGAAGUAACAGGCCCAGUUGGAAGAUCAAAGGCCUUCUCAUCGGCAACGGAUGGAUUUCUCCCGCAGAACAGUAUCCUUCUUACUUGAGCUUUGCCUACAAAGAAGGGCUUGUGAAGGAGCAUAGUAAAGAGGCCAAAGCCAUUGAGGCCACACAGUCGCUUUGCUUGUCACUCAUCAAUGCGCCGGGCGGCAAAGACAAAGUGGAUAUCCCGGAGUGCGAGUCGAUCCUUCGCGAGAUUCUUGAUGCUUCCAAGCAAUCGAACCAGUGCUACAACAUGUAUGAUAUCCGGCUGAAGGACGAUUAUCCUUCUUGCGGCAUGAACUGGCCGACCGACCUUGUGAAUGUAGAGCCAUACCUGCGGCUCCCGGAAGUCACCAAGGCUCUGCACAUCAACCCCGACAAGAAAACUGGAUGGCAAGAAUGCAGCGGCGCGGUGAGCAGCACUUUCACAGCGCGCAACUCGAAACCGGCAGUGCAAUUCCUGCCUUCACUGAUCGAGUCCGGCAUCCCCGUUCUCUUAUUCAGCGGCGACCGCGACCUGAUUUGCAACCACAUCGGGACGGAGCAGAUGAUUCACAACAUGAAAUGGGGUGGUGGUACGGGCUUUGAGACCUCGCCGGGUGUCUGGGCGCCGCGUCACCAGUGGACGUUUGAGGGCGAGCCGGCCGGGUUGUACCAGUUCGCGCGUAAUCUGACAUACGUGCUCUUGUACAACUCGAGCCACAUGGUGCCGUACGACCUGCCGCGUCAGAGCCGCGACAUGCUCGACCGGUUCAUGAACGUCGAUAUCGGCAGUAUCGGCGGCAGCCCCGCGGACUCGCGCAUCGACGGCGAGAAGCUCCCGCUCACCUCGGUAGGCGGGCACCCCAACAGCACCGCCGCGGAGGAACAGGAGAAGCAAAAGAUGAAGGAGGCGGAGUGGAAGGCCUAUGCCAAGUCCGGUGAGGCUGUCCUCGUCGUGGUAAUUGUCGUCGUCUCUGUCUGGGGAUUCCUGAUCUGGCGCAAUCGCCGGCGCGAAAGCCUCCAACGCGGCGCGUACCGCGGCAUCUACGCGGACAACCAAAUGUCGAUGUCCGCCCUGGACCGCUUCGGCAACAAGAACCGCCAUUCCGCGACCAACGGAGAUAUUGAAGCUGGCGAUUUUGACGAGGCGGAGCUCGACCGGUUAGACCCGCCGGGCGAGCGCGAACAUUACUCUGUUGGUGAUGAGAGUGAGGAGGAGUAUGAAGAUAUGCAUCAAAAGCCUGCCACUCGAUAG